AAUAAAACAAACAAACAGUCAAGUAAAAGGCGCGCCUAGAUAAUCAUACGGAUACGCUGUCGUUUCAGCCACGAACUUCAGCUUACGAUUUUAGGUUUUACCUUUCAACAAAACUAAAGCCCUAAACUUGAAAUUGAGAUUUUGAAAAUGUCCAGUUUUGCGGGUAAUCUCGGCUUCAAAAUCUCAUCCAGUCUUCAAUUUCGAGUUUGCUUAAUCCCCUUGGUGAAGGGGAACAAGGCAAUAUUUUGUUUGAAAGAGAGGGAAUAUAGUUCUUCAGUUCCUGUAAGGUAUAUACCUAAGAAACCUUUGGAAACUGAAGAGCCUGAAACUUCUCCUCAUUCAAAUGGUUUGAGAAAGAAUGAGUAUCAUAAAAGUUCUGCUUCAAAUUCAUUUGGAAGCAUGGCUAAAAACAAUAGGACCAGUAUUGUUGAUAAAAAGUCUGAAACACGAAGCAGAAUGUUCAAGAAAAAUGUGUUAUAUGACGAUGUUAAACAAGACCAUGAAAUAAUGGAGAACCCCGUAGAGGUGGUUGAGGAGAUGUAUCAAGGACAGGAUAUUCAUGGAAAGAAUGUGCUACAAGUUUGUAAGAGAAUACCAGAUGCUGAGAAGUUGGCAAUUGAAUUACUUGCAGCAAGAGCAUUUACAGCAGUUGAACUGAGAAAAAAACUGCUUGGGAAGAGGUGCCAUCCAGAUAUUGUUGAGGCAGUGAUUAAUGAUUUUCAGAAUAGAGGGUUCAUCAAUGAUAGCUUGUACGCGGAAUCAUUUUCUCGAUCCAGAUGGUCUUCGUCAACAUGGGGACCAAGGAGGAUCAAGCAAGCAUUGUUCAAGAAGGGAGUAAAUGAAGCUGAUGCAGAAAACGCAUUAAAACUUGUUUUUGAGGGUCAGGUUGGUGACUCAAAUGAUGAUCAGGAAUCCACACUUGGUUUGUCAAAGCUUUCGAUGGAUCACCUCUUAAUUCAGGCCUCAAAGCAAUGGCUUCGAGGUCGAGAUGUUCCUAAAGAAACACGUAAGUCAAGGAUUAUUCGGUGGCUUCUGUAUCGUGGUUUCAACUGGGGUGUUAUUGUUUCCAUUGUGAAGAAGUUGGAAUCUCAGUAUCCUCCCUGAAGCACCAAAAGGAUCUCACCUAUGGUUUGGCACGAAUGAAAGGACAAUUGUAGGUUUAGAUGAGGUGUAAUACCCAUCAUUUGAAUUUUGAAAUGUAAGUUGGGAAAUAAGGAUAGGGUUGCUCCUUUGGCAUGUAUGGAUUGGUUGGCCAAUAAGCAAAUCAUCUUAGCUCCUUAAUGCGCCAAACUUCACGUUGCAUAAACCACCUUAGUGCCUCCCAGACUCUAGUCUGGUCGUGAUGAGGUUGACCUUUGCCAGUACUCAACUCCAAGACAAAGCAACAAGUUGUGGUACUAUCUUGGCAUUGAUUGGAUCCACCAAAUUUUCCCCAAAGGGGACUUGCAUGUAUUUAUCCGCUGCAGAUAUCUAUUCAAAGGAAUUUUCUUUAUGUUUU